CGGGCUCACCUGCUUAAGGAAACAGGAACUGCCUGGGGCCUCGCCCUGAUGACGUGUGGACCCUGAACUGAAACUCAGGCACCUGCAGGCGGCACGGGCACAGCCAGAGCGAGGGCCUCGGCCACCCGGAGGUCUCCCAGGUGCCCCCUUCCCUCUCGGGAAGCCAUGACAGAGGCCCGAAAGCUGCCCCCGCCGCUGCCCCCACGGCUGGCCUGGUUCGUGCAGACACAGGUGGGCCAGCUGGCCCCAGGAGGAGUCCCUUCGUGGUUCCACGGCGCCAUCUCCAGAGAGGACGCCGAGAAUCUGCUGGAGUCGCAGCCCCUGGGAUCCUUUCUCAUCAGGGUCAGUCACAGUCACGUGGGCUACACACUCUCCUACAAAGCCCGGAGCUGCUGCCGCCACUUUAUGGUGAAGCUGCUGGACGAUGGGAGCAUGCUGAUCCCCGGGGAGGACAAGGUCCACGCCUCGCUGGACGCCCUGGUCACCUUUCACCAGCGGUGGCCGCUGAGGCCGCACGGGGAGCUGCUGGGGCAGCCCUGUCCGCAGAAGGAUCCAGAGAACGUGGACUACGAGGAUCUCUUCCUUCACUACGAGGCACUGGCUGAGGAAGCUGCCAGCCCCGCCCCUGGUCCCCGGGAACAUCAGAAACCUUCUUCCCGUCCAGUGGCUGCCCCCAAGGAGGCCUCCACAAAGCCAGCCGUGCUGCCCUGGCAGAAGGAAAGGACGCCGUCCGCAGCCAUGGACAGAGCGCCCGCCGAGGCAGCUGCUUCCUCCUGCCCCCCCAAGGCCCCUCUGGAGGAGGCCUGCCAGAAGCUCUGGAGGAACCUCAAGACCCUCCCUCAGACGGGCAAGAAGGUCCAGCAGCAGCUGAAGUCCCACCUGGCCACCGCGAGCUCGCCGUCACUCCGGGACGCCGGGCGAUCGCAGGCGACUCGCGGCUCAGCGCCCGGAGCGGCCGAUGCGGCCUGGGACACUAACGUCUACACGGACCCCUUUGUGGCCGCGUCCCCCGCGGGCCCCUCACGGCCUCAGGCUCGGAGAGACAGAGGGAACGCCUCCGGGAAGGCCUCAAGGUCCGUCAGCUGGAGCGAGGUGACCCCGAAGAGCAGGGGCUGGCACCAAGCAAUAGUGAGGGCCCUGUCCUCGCAGGCGUCCCGAUCGGAGCCGAGGGGCUUGGCCGAACCCCCGGAGGACUGGGUCCCCGAGGAGUACCGCCCACCGCCACCCUUCGCCCCUGGGUACUGCUAGCGAAGAGGUUCGCCCUGGCUCUGGUGCCAGGGGCUGCUCACACCCGGACCCCUUGCCUUCUGCCCACCAGCAUGCUGGGGCCUGAGAAAUGUCAUAAUGACGAUGCUUAGGUCUGGUUCUGCACUUGCCAGGGGGGGCCUGGUUAUGUGAAGAAGAAGAAGG